GCUGACAGCCUUUGUGAUGAAGUCAUUUGCUGGUGCCAGUGCGUACAUCUUUGUGGACCCUCAGACCAUUAAAGAUGCCAGGUCGUGGUUGGCUCAGCUCCAGAAGAGCAGCGGCUGUAUCCGCUCUGUGGGCAAACUGUUCAGCAACGACAUGCAGGCGGCACCCGGCACUGGAAGAGGCAGGGCACUUCUGGGGACAGUGCAGGCUCUCUAGAAGUGGAGAUGACCUCCUACGUGCUGCUGGCUCUGCUCACCCCUCCCCCCUUGCAGGGCUUCAGUCUGGAUAACGUGUCCAGCAUCGUCCGCUGGCUGGUCCAGCAGCAGAACCCGUACGGUGGUUUCUCCUCCACACAGGACUCGGUGGUGGCCCUCCAGGCUCUGGCCAGGUAUGCAGCGGCCACCUACAGUCCUCAGGGCACCACCACGGUCAGGGUGUCCUCGUCAGGAGGCCAGGACCAAGUGUUCACUGUGAACCAGGACAACAGGCUGCUGUACCAGGAGGAGCAGCUCAGUCAGGUGCCUGGAGAGUACUCCAUCAGUGCUGAGGGCCAGAGCUGUGUGCUGACACAGAUCUCCCUGUACUACAACAUCCCUCCUCCAAACAGCUUCUCUGCCUUCACCAUCACUACCAGCAUCCUGGCUAAAUGUAGCGCUGCACAGCCACAGCUCAUCCUCUUAGUUUACGUCAGCUGAAGAAGGAUGUGACACAGAUGUACAGUGUGACUCUAGAGGAGGAUCAGCAGAUCAGGAACCUGAAACCAGCUGUGGUUAAAGUCUACGACUACUACCAGACCAGUGAUCAAGCCGCUACUGAGUACUCAUCCCCCUGUGCUGAGAGUGACAGCGCUAACCAGGUGUGAAUGGACUGUGGAGGAUGGGAUCGUCCUGCUCUUCAGAGGAAUCUGUUAUAAACAUGUUUGAAGCUGUUUCUGUCAGGUUGUGUUCAGUUUUAAUGUUAAUGUGAAACUUUUUCUUUUAACUUUUGGGUUAUUUUUGUUUAACUUGUUUACAUGUUGACAGUAGUUCUGCUCAGCACUGUAACUUUUGUCCCAAACUGAAAUAAAGAAGCAGAAACAGGAAA